GAUGAGUUUUGCUAAAAGAUCAGCGUUGAAGAUCACAAUGAAGAGUCUUCUAGUACUCCUGUUACAUUUGGCAUUUUCUGCAGCCUACCCAUUAAAUCCAGCAGCCACAGCUGGAACGAUGAGUAUGGAUCGCAUCCAGAAGUACUUGGAAGACUUCUAUCACCUUGAAAAAGAUGGGAAGCAGUUUGUUCGUAGGAGGGACAGUAGCCCUGUUGUUACAAAAAUCCAAGAAAUGCAAAGGUUCUUAGGUAUGAAGGUGACUGGGAAAUUGGAUGAUGAUACUAUGGAGAUGAUGAAGAAGCCCCGAUGUGGAAUUCCUGAUGUUUCCUCUUUUAGUUUCUUUCCCUACAUGCCUAAAUGGAGAAACAAUGAAGUUACAUACAGGAUUGUAAACUACACACCUGAUAUGAAUGAACCUGAUGUGGAUGCUGCCAUAGAGAGAGCUCUGAAAGUUUGGAGUGAUGUUACUCCCCUCACAUUCACCAGACUCUCUGAAGGAGAAGCUGACAUAAUGAUCUCUUUUUCUGUCAAAGAUCAUGGAGAUUUUCUACCCUUUGAUGGACCUGGGGGAGUUUUGGCUCAUGCCUAUCCACCUGGGCCUAAAAUUAAUGGAGAUGUCCACCUAGAUGAUGAUGAAAAAUGGACAGAAGAUACAACAGGAAUCAAUUUAUUCCUCACUGCUGCUCAUGAAUUUGGCCAUUCCCUGGGACUCCUACAUUCUAGUGAUACCGCUGCUCUCAUGUAUCCAGUCUACAACUCAAAUACAGACCUCACUAGGUUCCGCCUUUCUCAGGAUGAUAUUGAUGGCAUUCAGUCUCUCUAUGGAUAUCCAUCAGACUCUCCUGAUGAUCCAGUACCACCCACCACAUCUACAGAACAAGAGAAGCCUGAAGGGGACCCAGAAACUUGUGACCCAAACAUAUCCUUUGAUGCAGUGAGCACUCUUCGGGGAGAAAUGUUGUUCUUUAAAGACAGGCACUUUUGGCGUAAGUCUAUCAACACUAUAGAACCACAACUCCAUUUGCUCUCUGCCUAUUGGCCUUCUCUUCCAUCCGGAUUUGAUGCUGCCUAUGAACUCACUACCAAGGAUAUGGUGUUUUUUUUUAAAGAAAGCAAGUUCUGGUCUGUCCGAGGAAGUGACAUCCAACCAGGUUACCCAAAAGAUAUCCACACUCUGGGCUUUCCACGAACUGUAAAGAAAAUUGAUGCAGCCUUUUUCGACAAAGGAAAACAAAAAACCUAUUUCUUUGUGAAUGAUGUUUACUGGAGGUAUGAUGAAAAGAGGCAAUCCAUGGAGCAUGGUUAUCCCAGAAAUAUAGUAACUGACUUUCCAGGAGUUGACAAGAAUAUUGAUGCUGUUUUUGAGGCAUUUGGGUUCUUUUAUUUCUUCAGUGGAUCAUUCCAGUUUGAAUUUGAUCCUAAUGCUAAGAUGGUGACCAGAACUCUGAAGAGCAAUAGCUGGUUGAACUGUUGAGGAAGAGAGAGGGUACUAACAAAGGGACAUUGACAAAGUGAAAGGAUAAAUUCUUCCCUAAAACCUUUGAGAAUGAAAAUGGUUCAUUUUCUGAUGAAUGUGCAAGGACCAAUGAAGAAUACAAACUUGAUAUAUAUGCCUUUAAAGUGUAUUAAUUUAUUGUAUUGCAACAAGUUGGGCCAUAUUUCUCCUUUAUUUUUUUUUUUUACUGUUUCUGCUGAUUCAGUGAAAAAUACUCAUGUGCAAUAGACAAGAGAAUGUGACUUAAUGGGUUAUUACUUGUUAGUCAAUAAAGAUUUUUGCCUAUUAUAUACUUUCAUUGACUCAGAAAUUAAUCAUCUCACUGAAUCACAAAAUUUCAGAUUUGGAAGGAAUCUGAGAAGACUUCUAAGUAAAAAUACAAUUAGAAAAUGAUUGCAUCUACAAGGUACCUUUAAAUAGCCACCCACCAUUGCUGGAAGACCUCUAGUCCAGGGAGCCUGCCACCUUCCAAGGAAGCCAUUACAUUUUGGGGUAGUUAUAAUUAUUGAAAUAAUGUGAAGCUAGAAAUAAUAAUAAUAG